AUGCCCUACAACACUCGUCGCAAGUCGUUAUCACUGCCUUCCCUCGGUAUUCAGCUUCCAAAUUCCUCACGCCGCUCACCCUCCAUCUCAAAACUCGCCGCGACUGAUGAUGUGCCGCCCGCGAAGAAAGUGAAGCGAUCGCACCCCUCAUUAUCACCCGAGCCCUCGACGGAUCGCAAGGAAUCGCUUGGGCGCGCUGGCCGACGGGCCAUUGAACACACACCACCUCCUUCGCCUAUGGACGGGAGCGUGGCGCCCAAGAUCGACACCGACGGUAUUAACGACGAUAUUGUUGUUGGGGUGAUUGAACAGUUGGAGAAAACGGGGAACCGCCCUCAUCUGGUGAAAGAACUGGCAGCGGUCCUUGUCACGAUGAACACGACUGUCGCAAACUCCGCAAAUCCCGCGGCGCUACUGUCGUCGCGUCUAGCGGCCUAUAUGAAACGACCUUGGACGGCUCUCUCGCCAUGCCCCAUGGCCAAAGAGCUAAUUCCGAUUCAUCCGCGCAAAGUUUACUAUUACCUGACGACUUACCCUCGUCAGACGAUACCUGAUUCCUCCGAUGAUCUGCUUCUUGGCGGCGAUGGGAAAACCAUCACGCCCAGUGUGUCAAGUAUGGAUCAAGACGAGGAGGAGAUGGCCGCACGCCAGCGCAGUCCCAGUCCGGAAGUCGAUCUGUCGUCGCCGGAUUUCGAGGACCACCCUCAUACCGACCUCAAUGAUCCUGCUGGUCGACGGGCUGCCAGCGACCAAUAUCCAGACCCUUCGAGCCACACUCGUUUGGUGCACUCCAACCGUGCUGCUUCCCCACCCCUGGAGGGUGAUGAGAAGGAAUUCACCCAAACGGCGAGUGCGGUCCGUGAGCGUGCGUCCGAGGAAAAGGCCAGCCAGUCGGCCCGUGGUCACUCUGUUCUGUCUGAGCGCCUCAGCUCGGGCGAUGAGGAGAUGAGCAUGUCCAGUCUUCCGGACAAUGGUGACUCUCUUCCUUCGUCGAACAAUCGCAUGUCGGAACAGGAGUUCAGUGACUACUUCUCCCACAUGAACUCGAGUGCGAACCUUGACGACGAGGUUGCCGCUGCCGCCUUGUUCGGAACCUCGCCCUCUCCCUCGUUGACAUCUGUGGCAUCCGGCCUUCCUGAUGUGGACAUGAAGAUGUCUGAUCUGGCCGAGUCGCAUCAAAAGCUUACCCUCGGUCCCCGAUCGCUCAACGGCACGCAUAACAGUGACUCCACUUUUGAUUCCUGGCGAGAGCUGCGGAAUCCGGAGACUGUCGAGUUUGAUGAACUGGAUGAGAUGUUUGGCGAAAUCUAA